ACUUUACAUGCUAUGGCCGCCGUGGGGUCUGCGAAGGUGGCGUUGCAGGUGGCGGAAGUGCUGGAGACCAUCGUGAGCUGCUGCGUGGGGCCCGAGGGGCGGCAAGUUCUGUGUACGAAGCCCACCGGGGAGGUGCUGGUCAGCCGGGAUGGAGGCUGCCUCCUGGAGGCGCUACACUUAGAGCAUCCCAUAGCCAGGAUGGUGGUGGCCUGUGUUUCCAGUCAUCUAAGAAAAACAGGAGAUGGUGCUAAAACAUUUAUUAUCUUUCUUUGUCAUUUACUCAGAGGACUUCAUACAAUCACAGACAAAGAACAGGAUUCUUUGAUUUCCAAAAAUAUUCAAACCCAUAGAAGGCAUUGGAAAAAUUGUUGUCAGUGGAAAUUUAUUUCUCAAGCUCUUCUAACGUUUCAGACACAAAUAUUAGAUUAUAUUAUGGACCACUACUUAAGUAAACACUUUUUGUCCAUCUUUUCUUCAUCCACUAAAGAGAGAACACUGUGCAGGAGCUCUUUAGAGCUGCUCUUAGAAGCAUACUUUUGUGGAAGAGUGGGGAGAAAUAAUCACAGCUUUAUUUCACAACUGAUGUGUAACUACUUUUUCAAGAGUAUGGCUUGUGAAAGUGGGUUUGAAGAAGUAUUUGACUUAGUGGAUGACUAUUUUGUAGAGUUGAAUGUUGGUGUCACUGGCCUUCCUGUCUCAGAUUCCAGGAUCAUAGCUGGGCUUGUGCUUCACAGAGACUUUUCUGUAUACUGUCCAGCAGAUGGUGACAUAAGAAUAGUGAUAGUAACAGAAACCAUUCAGCCUCUUUUUUCAACUUCUGGAUCAGAGUUUAUUCUAAAUUCAGAAGCACAGUUUCACACCUCUCAGUUUUGGAUUAUGGAAAAGACAAAAGCAAUAAUGAAACAUUUACAGAGUCAGAAUGUAAAAUUGCUCCUGUCUAGUGUGAAACAACCGGACUUAGUUAUUUAUUAUGCAGGACUGAAUGGCAUAUCAGUGGUAGAGUGUUUAUCACCUGAAGAAGUUUCUCUUAUCCAGAGGAUCAUCGGUCUUUCUCCCUUUGUACUAGCACAGGCCUCUUCACAGUAUGAAAUCUGUAACACUGCUUUGGUGAAAUUUUGUAAGCCCCUUAUCUUGAGAUCCAAAAGGUAUGUUCAUCUUGGCUUGAUUAGCACAUGUUCAUUUAUACCACACUGUAUAGUUCUUUGUGGACCAGUGCAGGGUCUUGUUGAACAACAUGAAGAUGCUUUACAUGGAGCAUUUAAAAUGCUUCGACAGUUAUUUAAAGAUCUUGAUCUAAAUUACAUGAUACGAACCAGUGAUCAAAAUCAUACAUCAAGUCCUCCUACUUAUAAGACUAGCAGAGAAAGUAAUCCAUUGCCAGAAAUUGUUAAUGGCUUAAUACAAAGGCCAUAUCAGGGCACAGUUGUAAAGAACAAAGGUAAACUGGCAAAAACUCAAACAUAUUUAAAAGUGUAUUCAAAUUUGGUAGUUCCAAGUGUAGAAUUAGAAACCGAUAUUCCAUACUCAACACCAAAAGUGACACCAACAGAUACAUACCAGACAGAUGAAACACUGAGAUGUUUACCUCCAACCAAGACCAGGAUAAUUGAUGACAGUGAACCAUUUGUAGAGAGUAAUUCUGCUAAUUCAAUAGCAGAAAACACUGGAAUAGAAAUUUCUUACGAAAAUUUACAAGUCACAAAAAUUGCUAGAAAGGGAAGCAUGUUGCCAGUAAGAGAGAAGUCCCUGGAGAUGUGUACUUCCCAGAGUUACUGCUGCUCCACUCUACCAGCAGGUUGUGUUUUGCCAGUGGGUGGUAAUUUUGAGAUCCUGUUACAUUACUAUCUUCUUAACCAUGCCAGAAAAUGUCAGCAAUCAGAAGGAACCAUAGUUAGCAUGAUAAUAGCUAAUGCUCUUUUAGGCAUUCCCAAAAUCCUGUAUAAGUCUAAGAAGGGAAAGUACAGCUUUCCACAAAUAUAUGUAAGAACGCUCCAUGCACUGCAAACCAAUCAACCCAUGGUGAGCAGUCAGACAGGUUUGGAAUCAGUAGCUGGUAAAUACCAGUUACUAACUUCAGUUCUUCAGUGUUUAACAAAAAUUUUAACCAUUGAUUUGGUAAUCAAUAUUAAGAGACAGCCUCAGGAAAUGUAUGAUCAAGAUUCAGAAGAGGAAGUAUAAAAUUGGAAGUUUUUUAUUAACCAAAAUUUUAAUUCAACUCAAGCAAUGAAGAAGGAUGUGACAACUGAUUCUCAAAUCAAUUCAGUCUAGUUAGGGAAACAUCAAAACUUAAAAAGUCUUUAGAAGUACACUAAGAGGCUAGCAGACGUUCAGACACAAAUACUAGAAAACAUUACAGAACAAUUCUGGGGAGGGAGCCUUCCACAUAGGGGAAGCCAAGAUCUGACUAAGUGUGUCU